AUGUUGAGAUUAUCAAGGAUUAGUCCAUUACAGGUCAUCAGUGUCAAACGCACGCCACCAGUACUCUUGCAAACCUACAGGCACUAUGCCACCGAUAUAGAGGAUUUGAAAAAACAAUCAGACUCAACGGAAACCGACAAUUCAGUAUCAGCGACAGGUGUCAUUGACAAACGGAGCAACGAAGUAUUGCUAUAUUAUUCAUUUGCCACAUCUCGCAACUUCGUCAAGUCAUACCUCUCGCGGCUUGCAUUGUUUGCUCCACGCUACUCUGACGAGCAGGUCAAGAAAAGAGUGGAACAGCUUUCGUCUCCCUUGCCGCAAGGGUCGUUGUUGACAGAAGUUGUGGCCUUGGCAAGAGACUCGGGUGCAUUUGUAAAGUAUCAGUUCCCACAAGAUGAAACCGCUAAGCAGUUUAUUACUCAAAUUAGAAACAAUGUUGCCGUGAAUGAAAAGGAACUGGAGAAUGUUGUUUCUCGAGUGUUUGAUUAUAUAACUGACAGAGCACCCAAAGUGUACAGCGUGAAAGGUGUUCCUUGGAUAGAGGACUUGAAGAGGUUCCCAAGUCCUAAGUUGGCAGUAAAAUUUGAGGGAGAUCCGUUGACGGAGGAGGAGUUGUACGUUUUGUUUAGGAGAUAUGGGCUCAUUGACGAUAUCAAAGCUGACCCAAACGAGUCAAUAGUCCUUUUCCACAAUAUUCGAGCAGCAACAUGCGCCAAGCAUUGUAUUACGGGGAUGCUGUUGAAUAAUGGUAACACUACAAUCCAUAUCCAAUUUGCACCAAUAAAGAGAAAGAACUAUUUGGUUGAUUUCAUUUCCAACCAUACCAAAAUAGCAAUUCCGAUUCUUUUGGCACUUCUUGCAGGGUUUGCAGUGAUGGUGUUUGAUCCAAUAAGAGAAUGGUGUAUUGAGUACAAGAUUACGCAUAGCAGACAUUCGUUUGAUUACUUUAAACAAAACAAGGCUUUCCAAUUACUUUAUAUCCCAUACAGGGCAUUGGCGAAUUUGGUAUCAAGUAGUUAUGAUUACAUCGAUACUCAAAUUCAUGAAGUCGUUGGUGACAAAGAUUGCGAUACUCUGGAUAGUCAGUCUAUGGAUGAGAUUAAAAAAGAGAGUAACAUGUUUUGGCAAGAGAGAUUUGAAAAGUCAAAACAAUUGAAAUUGUGGAUCUUGGAGAACUUGAACAGUUUUAUCAUUGUUAAAGGUCCUCAAGGGUCAGGUAAAGAAGAGUUUGUGUUGGAUCAUACCUUGGCUUCAGAUGAUCGAUUAAAUAGCAAGGUCUUGGUGAUUGAGUGUGACAAAUUGAGCAAAGCUAGAUCAGAAAACACAUUAAUUGGGAGUACUGCUUCUCAAUUGGGAUACUUUCCUGUUUUUACAUGGACGAAUUCGAUUUCACAAUUUGUUGAUUUGGGUGUACAAGGUUUAACGGGUCAGAAAUCUGGAUUUAGUGAAAGCAAAGAAACUCAGAUUAAAAACAUGUUUUCAUUGGCUACCCAAUCCAUCAGGCAUAUAUGUGAAUCGGAUUAUCAGAAAUAUGCAAAGAGUGUUGACAGGAAGAACAAGCGGUUAAAGGAUGAGGAUAAGAUUGAAAUCUUAAGGCAAGAGGAUUUCUUAGCACAGCAUCCAGAGUCCAAGCCAAUUAUUGUGAUCAACAAGUUCUCGAGAAGAGCAGAUGUUCACCUGAAUGAUUUCAUAUACCCCUUGAUUGCUGAAUGGGCUUCGGGGUUAAUUCAAAACAAUAUUGCUCAUGUGAUCUUUUUGACGGCUGAUGUUGGUUCAGUACAGCAUUUGAAUGAAGCUUUACCUAAUCAAGUGUUCAAGGAUCUCUCCUUGAGUGAUGCAUCCAUGAUGAGCUCGAAACAGUAUGUAUGUGAUGUGCUCAAUGUUAAGGGUACUUCCACGUUAAGUGAAUGUUUGGAGCCAUUAGGUGGAAGGAUGUUGGAUUUGCAAGCAUUUAUACGUCGAGUUAAGUCCGGCGAGGACCCAAGCAAUGCCGUGACGGAGAUGAUUACGCAGGCAGCUGAAUUGAUUACUACAUUUUUUUUGAGUAGCCAGAAAAUCGAUAAUGGGGACAACAACUGGAAUUCUGCCCAAGUAUGGUUAAUCAUGAAAUUAUUACUGAAGAAAGAAGUCAUUUCUUAUGACGAUUUGAUUAAACUGCCCUUGUUCAAAUCAUCUAAGCAAACAAUGGACACAUUAUCAACGUUGGAGAAAUUUGAUUUGAUUUCGUUGAAACGUGACAAGGGAGUGUUGAACAAGAUAACCACCGGUAGGCCAUUAUUCAAAGCUGCUUUUAGCAAUAUAAUUGGCGAUUUAAGGAUUUGGAAAUUGUACGAAACUGACUAUUUAACCAACUUGAUCAAUUUGGAAGUGGGUAAAAUUAAUAAAUUGGAGUCGGAGUUGAGCGGAAUCUACAAAAUUGGAAACAGAUUGGAUGGUCGUAUUGAUUAUUUGUCGAAAAAGAUUGAAGCUUCAAAUAAGAAGAUUGUUGAUUAUGAAAAGGAGAUUGCUGAUAUUGCCUCCUACAAUGGUGACUCCAAGUCCCAUUCGUUCUUGGGCAUCUUCUAG